AUGCGAGGUCUGGAAAGAGAAAAUGAGCGCAUUUCGGAGCAGUUGGAAGAAGAGAAAGCGGUAACAAGAAAUGGCUUUCCAUUUAGAUCAAGAACGUUUGCAGCGUCAUUCAAUUUGUCGUGACGAGAACGUUGUCAAGGAUAGGGAGUUAGUGAAAACGCGUAAAGUUCUCAAGGAUUGCGAAGAGGUGAAUUUCGAAACUGUAUAUUGUACGCAAUAGCAACAUUUUCAGAAAAACUGUUAUCUAUCUGCGGAAGUCCUCAAAUUAACUCAACAACUGGAAAAAACGCAGAAGUCGAUAGACCACAUGAAAAGAGCAGGAUUGCUGGAAUCUCUGAAACCUUCUGCAAAAGCGCACGAGAACGUUCCUAUCGGAAAGAAAGAGGAAAAGGCAGUGGAGCACGAAGAGAAGAAGUUUGGCACUUUCGCAGGUUACACAACUGCUUUGUCAAAGUACAAAAAGAAGAGAGUAGUGUCGGACGCCAUCGCAUUUCUAAAAUCUGGGACCACUACUUCCGAAGAUUACAACGAACUGAUACGCAGUAUCUUGAAGAGGUCCUGUAAGGACGACGCGAUUCAUUUCAAACUGAGUGCUCAAGAAACAUUCAUCUUAAGGUGUUCCCUACACCUAUCGGACGGAGCACUCAAGUUCUUUAAGAGGUUCGGCGUGGAAAAGCUAGGAUUCGACAUUUUAGCUAGCAGACCAGAAGUUUCCGCUCUGCGAAAGGAACUUGACCGUUCUUUCAAUUAUAUUUGCCACGUCGAUGAGCACCAAACAGUUCUACCUUCCGGUCGGAUGACCACUGUGAGAAGUGGCCGUCUCCUCGUGAUGAACUUGGAGAACGAAUUAAGUAUGAGACUGACUCGCCUCGAAGAGAACGGCAGGCUGAUCUUCGAUGAAGCCACCGGAGGUAGAUUGAUGUUAUAUUCCAUGGUUUAAACUGUUUUCAGACGACAUUGUGUGCAGUCUGGCUGGAGACAAGGGAGCAGAAGAAACCAAAGUAUGCAUAGCAAUCGAGAAUACUUCCGAUGCGAAUAGUCCUGACGGUUUCAUCCUUCUUUGCGUGUACGAAGGGGCUGACAAUGCUGAUGAGUUGAGGCUGAAAGUGAGUGACGUGUUCGAAAUGUUCAAUAAGAUGCAAACAAUCACGUAUCGUACAAAACACGGCAGUCAGACGAAAAAAGUCCGGAAGCAUGUAAUCGGAGACAUAAAGUUCCUUUCAUCGGUUUACGGACACCAAGGGCAAUCGGCGUCCUGUCCUUGCCACAUCUGUCCUCUAUCUUGGUCUUAUCGUGGUCAGAGCCGAGUGACACUGGAGGAAGUGGACUUUGAUGCGCAUCCAGAUCCGAGAACACUCAAAACGUACCGAAGAGAUUCACAAGCAGGAAGUAAUAGUGUCCGUCAGAACUCCGAGCCACUGUGUGACGUAGAACCGGCAGAUGCAAAGCUUCCCACAGUGCACUUGACUUCCGGAGUUUACGAAUACUAUUUUGAACAAUGGUUCAUUGGUCAAUGCAAUGCGAUUGAUGUGACAUCCGUCGAAAUCAACACUCUGCGAGAACAGAAAAAGAAACUGGCACGACUGAUUAAAAAAGAGAAAGCGGAAGAGGAAAGUCUGAUGUUGUACUCAGCUGCCGCCGAUGAAGCACACUGCGCUGCAACUUCAUACAAUAUCAUUAUGAAGAGCCCCGUUUGCCACCUGAAGAAGCCGAUCCGCAUUUGUGACUCGUCGGUCUGCAUUGUGAACCAUCUUUCGAAAGAAAAAGUCCGUGACGAAUGGGUACAGUGCGACGCUUGCAACAAAGACUUUCACUUCUGCUGCACGUCCGUAUUUAGUCCAGAUGAAAAAGCAGAAGUGUCGAGGUGAGGAGGUAAAAAAGUAUGUCAGUAGUAAAGAAGUGUUCAGGGAAACUUCAAGAUAUAUUUGCGAUGAGUGUCAACAUCUUUCGCUUCAUGAUCGACGACAAAAAGCAGCUAAAGCGUGGAACGCGUUGCGACAACGCACAACUGAACUAUCAAAUGUGUAUCAAACGCUAUACGACGAAAGAGUGGUACUGGAGCGAAGCAUCUUUCAACCAACUGGUAGGAAACGAAAACAAUAUGAACGAACUCUGCUGGAAUUGGGAUGCGACACCCACGUCUGGUUUGAAGCUCAUACAGGAAACCAAAUCAGAAAGGUAUUACGUGAAGAAAGUAUCGACAAAAUCAUGACCAUUUUCCCCGACAAUGGAAAAAACCGACUUGUGAAAAAUGCUUUGUACGGACUGGCAAAAAUCAUGACUUUGUCGAGCAAGGCGGUGUACUCCGAGUUGGAGAUUGACGACAUCGAAGCGACUGUGAAGAAGUUUCUGGGUGACAUGAAAAAAGCCUUCGCCAAAGAACCAGUGAUUCCGAAGAUGCAUGUCCUGGGAUGCCAUCUCAUCUCCUUUUUGAGAAGACACCACUCGUGGGGCAAGUGCAGCGAACAGGGAAUGGAGCACUUCCAUGCACGAUAUAACACGCUGAAGAAAACGUUCCAUCCUGUUCGUAACGUUGAGAAUCGGACACGGCUGAUGGCUGGCGAAGUUUGUAUCAGAAACUGGUUGUUUGACAAAGGACUCGUGUAAUGCGUGAAAUUAAUUGUCUGCUCAUUUCGAUGUAUUCUGCCCUUUCCUUCUUUCCAUUCAUUUCUCCCGUCGUGCAAACACGUGGUCAUUUGGCGACGUGCCUCUGCAGCGCUCCGAUCUUCCCUUCCUUUUUUCAUUACCCUUUUAUGAAUGCGGUUUUCAUGGACACUCCAGAAUAUUUUUUCAAGUUUCUUGUUGCUGCUUCGAAGUACUGAUCAUAUUCAACAUAUUCCCGUAGAAAGCGGGAAAAAUGAAUCAGUACUCUUCCGAGAGCACGCACCUGAAGUCAGCAGAAAACUGUCGCUCUUUCAGAAGACGUUUCCGUGGACACUCCAGAAUAUUUUUUCAAGUUUCUUGUUGCUGCUUCGAAGUACUGAUCAUAUUCAACAUAUUCCCGUAGAAAGCGGGAAAAAUGAAUCAGUACUCUUCCGAGAGCACGCACCUGAAGUCAGCAGAAAACUGUCGCUCUUUCAGAAGACGUUUCCGUGGACACUCCAGAAUAUUUUUUCAAGUUUCUUGUUGCUGCUUCGAAGUACUGAUCAUAUUCAACAUAUUCCCGUAGAAAGCGGGAAAAAUGAAUCAGUACUCUUCCGAGAGCACGCAUCUGAAGUCUCCGAUGAAACUUCGUUGGCCACCGAAGUGUGAAAUCGGUGCUCCCAGUGUGGCUUACACGAUUAAUUCCGUUAAAUUUUUGAUGAUAUGGUCAUGAAAAACCCUCGGGCAACGUUUUCAUCACGAAAUAACGGAAGAUGAUUUUGAUUCUCACUUGUAGCACGCAUAAUCAACCGCAACACGAAAAAUGCAAAUUUCGUACUGACGCCGGCAUGUUUUUCAGAAUUUUUUGUUGCUCUUUGCAAGUUUUGCUCAUGAUAAACACGUUCAUGAAGAAAAACGGAAAGGUAAAUCAGUAUUCUUCCGGCGGCGUUCCGAGCGCCACGCCAACUCUCAUUUCGCUUCUCGAGCGACAGUAGGCAAGCGAGAGAGUGCGAGACAAGGAGAAUGCUGCCGGCGACGCAGAGAGCACGCGUACUUGCUUGCGCUUUUCUCGUGCAGGAGACCGUGCCAUCAAUUCGCACGGUGGAAGAGUUUCUGCAAUAGUUCGGCCACCGGAAUUUUCUAGGCCACACUCGCAACUCAAGCAGUCAGCGACGACGGCGGAAAUGCGCACGGUCAGUUUUUGCCGGAAAAAAUGCGAAAAAAUGUAUCUAAUUUUUUUAGAACGAAGAUGCGUGCAUUACUGCGCGAAGAUCGAUAACGCGGAGAAGGACGAACAUCGAUAACGCGGAACAUCGAUAACGCGGAGAACGAGCGGCUUCAGAGGAUUCUCGAAGAGCGAAUUCAUUAUUUCCGAUCGAUUCUGGAGACGAAUCCGGUCGAAAGUGCCGAAGUGUACGAACAGUGCAUUCUCGAGUGUAUUCGUUAGCUUUAAGAUGAAUUAGACCGCCCUUAGUACGUUUCUUUAAAAGCAUGUCCCUAAAAUUAGUGUAUUUUUGCAGUGACAGAAGCAGAUUCGCACCACAUUCGCUCGUUGAUCACCGAUUAUCAGAUUAUUAUAGAACGGCACAUCGGAGUGCUUCGGCCGACGAUUGUGCUCAAUUGGAAGGACGACUUCUACCCGGAGCCCAAAAUUAUUCAUAUGGCCAGGUAACUCACUGGAAAAUCCCGCCGAUUUUCACAUUUUCCCCGUCAGAAUCACCGAGUACUGGCCGGAGAAGCAGGUGAUCGAGGACCGCAUCACAAAGUCUCAGUUCGAUCCGUCGUUCUGCCGCCUUUUGCGCACUGACGAACAGUGGAAACGGCAGUUUUUCAUGGAUCCGGAGAAGGAAAAUGAGGCGGUGAUGAAACUUAUUGAACCAAGUGGGCUCUCUAAUGUGCUUGAUUAUCUGGUUUUUUUAAUUGUUGCCACACCAAAUUUCUGACUUUCUGCCACGGAUUUUGCAAUAACGCAAAACUCGUCGGAAUCCGCCAUUCUCUGACAUAGAAAUAUUCGAAAUAUUACAGUAUUUCAUAAAGAAAACUACUCGAUUUUCAGGAAAAAAUGUUAACGAAAAGGACGUACGACAGCAAGGACAAACCGUUGUUCAAUGA